AUGUUCAGAUACUCCAAAGGAUGUUUGAGGAAGUCGGUAGUUGGAUCAAGGUUAUAUACUCAAACUGCUAAUGGUGCUGAAAACUUUCAACUGACUGCGUUACCAAAUGGGCUGAGAGUUGCAACUUCCAAUGUCCCUGGACACUUUUCUGCACUGGGUUUAUAUGUUGGUGCAGGAACGCGGAAUGAGACAGAGCUGCUACGUGGGUGCACCAAUAUACUGGAUCGAUUAGCAUUCAAAUCGACUGGGCAUAUGUCUGCUGUUGAAAUGGCAGAAGCGUUAGAACAGCUUGGAGGUAAUUAUCAGUGCACAUCGACCAGGGAAAGUAUAAUAUACCAGGCAUCGGUGUUUAAUCAACAUGUUGAGAAGAUGUUUAAGUUAAUGGCGGAAUCAGUUAGAUACCCAAGUAUUACUAGUGACGAGAUUGAAGAGCAGAAGAGUGCAGCUUUGUAUGAUAUUAAAGGAGUAUUUGAAAACCAUGAGGUGCUGUUGCCUGAGCUGUUGCACAUAGCUGCUUACAGAGGCAAAACACUUGGUUUGCCAACGGUUUCAUCAAGGAAAGCUAUUCAGGGUGUUUCCAGGUAUUUAUUGAACGAUUAUAGAAACAAGUUUUACAACCCAAGGAACAUAGUUGCUGCUUUUGUUGGUGUUCCUCAUGUUGAGGCAGUGGAAAUUGUUUCAAGGUAUUUUGAUGAUAUGAAGGAUAUAUAUCCGGAAAUUAAGGUGGAGCCGGCUCAGUACUUUGGCGCGGUCCAUAAUACAGCAGCUACACGUGUGAAUCUCAACCUCCCAGAGUUAUAUCAUAUGCAUAUAGCAUUCGAAGGUUUGCCCAUUAAUCAUCCUGAUAUUUAUGCUUUGGCUACCCUACAAACCCUUCUAGGUGGUGGUGGAUCGUUUAGUGCCGGUGGACCAGGUAAAGGCAUGUAUUCUCGUCUUUACACUGACGUCUUGAAUAGAUAUCACUUUGUGGAUAAUUGUGUUGCCUUCAACCAUGCAUACUCUGACUCGGGUUUAUUCGGUAUUUCUAUGUCAGCUCAUCCAGAUGCUGCUCCAUAUAUGGCCCCAUUGAUAGCUCAACAAUUCCUCAAUCUGCUAUCCCAUGAAAGCUCGCACAAACUAUCCAAUGAAGAAGUUAACAGAGCCAAAAACCAGCUCAAGUCAUCCUUAUUAAUGAACCUUGAAUCCAAACUCGUUGAACUAGAAGACUUGGGUAGACAGAUUUUGCUGCAUGGUAGUAAGAUCUCAAUAAAGGAAAUGGUUUCAAAGAUUGAGCGGGUGACACCGGAAGACUGCAGGAGGGUGGCAGAAAUGGUUCUAACCGGUCGCAUAUCAAAUUCUGUACAAGGUACUGGUGCCCCAACCAUUGUAACACAGGGUAAUCAGGCUGUAUUUGGUGAUGUUUUGCAAGUUUUAAAACGGGAAGGGCUGGGAAAUUAUGACAAGAUUGAGUCCAAAUCUACAUCGUACGAUUGCGAGAUGGAUCUUUAA